AUGUUCAACUUCUCGACAAAAUCGCUGAAUAGGAGAGAUACAACUGUAUUGUCCAGACCCCAGAAUCCCGUCUCCAUGAAAUUCUACGUCAGAUACAACAACGACUUGAAAGGCUAUGUUCAUGGAUAUCCUUUCGUUCGGGCAAUAACCUCGUUCAAGCUCCACCUGCUGAAACUUCGCUGCAAGAUUGGGGUUGCAAAGGGUCUUCCGGAAAUGGAGGAGUGGUGCUAUAGUGCUAUUCAUAUACCCUGGCAACAUGAAGACGAUGAGGACAUCGACGAAGAUCCCAUAGCGCAGCAAGAGCGCUUUAAAAAUGACAGGCCGAACUUCUGGCUUUUUUUGAAAGAACAUCAAAACAUCAUGCCAAUCCGUUAUACUCCUUCUCAAAACAAGUUUCAUCUUUUCAUAUACCAGGGGUGUCUCUUUGCUCUUUACCGCCAUUCAUACGAGAAGCAAAACAGUUGGCUCGCAGGUGGAGAAACCUUCACGAUCUACUCAUUCUUUUGGAACAAGAAAGUGCUUUUCACACUUCUAAAGGAAGUUCAACAAGCCUCAAUCCAGCGUCGUGAAAAUAAAAUCACAAUGUAUCGCGGUUCCAAUCAGAAAAAUACAGUCAGUUGGGUUUCGACUGUUUCGAAGCCUCCUCGUCCAUUAUCAACUUUGGCCUUGCCUUUCAAAAUCAAGAAUGACAUGCUAGAAGACAUCGAGGAAUUCCUGAGUCCACGAACAAAAGUCUGGUAUAGGUCUCGUGGCAUUCCAUACCGCCGAGGUUAUCUUCUCUAUGGUCCUCCCGGAACCGGAAAGUCAAGUAUGUGCUUUGCAAUUGCGGGGCACCUUUGGCUUGAUAUCUACACGGUCAGCUUAAACUCCCGAAAGCUUGACGAAGACAUCUUAGACAGCCUCUUCUAA